AUGAGUAUUGGCGAUGAGUUGGUAGAUGCUGAUGAGGUAUACAGACAAGCAAGAUGGAAAAAUCAGUUUGAAGUUUUGAGCAAGCUGCCGAGAGUCUUACAAGAGCGUGUCGAUGCUCAAAAGCCUGUUAUUGAAGCAAGUGGUAACAGUGCAACUCCCUCCAAUGCCAGUCGGGCGCUGGUCAGGCAUCAACAAAACCCAGGAGAUGUUGGAUUGGUUCUAAAUAAGAAGUUUGCCGAUGAGCAAGGCCAUGAAUCGGUAAUUGAGAGACACGAUAAGCUUUUGAAUCAAACACCUAGGUGGCAUGCACCAUGGCAUUUAACUAGGGUGAUACAUGGGCAUCAUGGGUGGGUACGAUGUAUUGCAAUGGAUAAAGUUGAUAAUGAAUGGUUUGCUACAGGAAGUAAUGAUAAAACCAUUAAGAUUUGGAACUUGGCUUCUGGUAAGCUUAAAGUAACUUUAAAGGCUCAUGAUAUGACUGUCAGAGACCUUGCAAUCUCUAAUAGGCAUCCAUACAUGUUCUCGGUGAGUGAGGAUAAAACGGUCAAAUGUUGGGACCUGGAAAAGAAUACGGCAAUUAGAAAUUAUCAUGGACAUCUAUCUGGUGUGCAUACUGUAGAUAUCCAUCCAACAGUUGAUGUGGUAGUAACUGCAGGGCGUGACAGUGUUGUAAAAGUGUGGGACAUAAGGACAAGAUUACCAGUGAUGACAUUACCUGGUCAUAAAGGACCCAUAACAAAAGUACGGUGUCUUCCAGUUGACCCCCAGGUGAUCAGCAGUUCUGUAGAUGCGUCAAUAAGAUUAUGGGAUUUAGUAGCAGGAAAAUCAAUGAAGGUGUUAACACAUCAUCAAAGAACGGUAAGAGAUAUAUCAGUUCAUCCAUCUGAAUUUUCGUUUGCAUCUGCGUGUACAAAUGAUAUACGAUCAUGGUUGUUACCAAAGGGAGAGUUACUAACAAACUUUGUCUCACAAGACUUAGAUGUUAUAAAUACAGUAUCGAUUAAUCAAGAUGAUGUUUUGUUUGCUGGUUCUGACAAUGGAUCAUUAACGUUCUUUGACUAUAAAUCAGGUCAUAAGUAUCAGACUUUCAAGACAAAAGAGGCGCCUGGUUCUCCUGAAAGUGAACGAGGUAUCCUAUCAAGUACUUUCGAUGGAACAGGUUUACGUUUAUUGACAGGUGAGACAGAUCGAACAAUCAAAAUUUGGAAACAAGAUGAAACUGCCUCUCAAGACACUCAUCCUAAUUUACCUUGGAAUCCAAAACUAGAUUCACAAAGACUUUAA